GGCACAGCGCUCCGCGGAUGGCGCAGGCGCGUUCCGGGGCUCCAGCUUCUCUUCAGAUAGCUGAGCAGGGCUCGUCAGGCGGGCGCGCGCGCGCGGAGUGUGCUGACAGGGCGCGCGGGACGCUCUCAGCUCGAGGGGUCGGGCCGGGAGGCGUGGGGAGCUUGACUGAGGAGCGGGCGCCGCGAUGGCCGAGGGCAGCGCCGUGUCGGACCCUCAGCACGCCACGCGCCUGCUGCGAGCGCUCAGCUCUUUCCGCGAGGAGUCCCGCUUCUGCGACGCGCACCUGGUCCUCGACGGGGAGGAGAUUCCGGUGCAGAAAAACAUCCUGGCGGCCGCCAGCCCGUACAUCAGGACAAAGUUAAACUAUAAUCCUCCAAAAGAUGAUGGAUCAACUUACAAGAUUGAACUUGAAGGGAUAUCGGUAAUGAUUAUGAGAGAGAUCCUGGAUUACAUCUUCAGUGGGCAGAUCAGGCUGAAUGAAGAUACAAUCCAAGACGUGGUACAGGCAGCAGACCUGCUUCUACUGACGGACCUUAAAACCCUGUGUUGUGAGUUUUUGGAGGGCUGUAUUGCUGCGGAGAACUGCAUCGGCAUCCGAGACUUUGCACUGCAUUACUGCCUGCACCACGUUCAUUACCUCGCCACCGAGUACUUGGAGACGCAUUUCCGAGAUGUCAGCAGCACUGAAGAAUUCCUAGAACUGAGUCCUCAAAAGCUUAAAGAAGUGAUUUCUUUGGAGAAGUUAAACGUUGGCAAUGAAAAAUACGUAUUUGAAGCAGUAAUUCGAUGGAUAGCACAUGAUACAGAAAUAAGAAAGGUCCACAUGAAGGAUGUUAUGUCAGCUCUGUGGGUCUCAGGGUUGGACUCCAGUUAUUUACGGGAACAGAUGCUGAAUGAACCAUUAGUACGAGAAAUUGUCAAAGAGUGUAGCAACAUACCACUCAGCCAGCCUCAGCAAGGAGAGGCAAUGUUGGCCAACUUCAAACCCCGGGGCUACUCAGAAUGCAUCGUGACUGUUGGUGGAGAAGAAAGAGUUUCCCGGAAGCCGACAGCAGCAAUGCGGUGCAUGUGCCCUCUCUAUGACCCCAACAGGCAGCUUUGGAUCGAACUGGCCCCAUUGAGCAUGCCGAGAAUCAACCACGGGGUUCUCUCUGCAGAAGGAUUUUUGUUUGUGUUUGGAGGCCAAGAUGAAAAUAAGCAGACACUGAGCUCGGGAGAAAAGUAUGAUCCAGACGCAAACACGUGGACUGCCUUGCCACCCAUGAAUGAGGCAAGACAUAACUUCGGGAUUGUGGAGAUAGAUGGAAUGUUGUACAUUUUGGGAGGAGAGGAUGGUGAGAAGGAGCUGAUCUCCAUGGAGUGUUAUGAUAUUUAUUCUAAAACCUGGACAAAGCAACCUGAUUUGACCAUGGUUAGAAAGAUUGGCUGCUAUGCAGCUAUGAAGAAGAAAAUCUACGCCAUGGGUGGGGGAUCGUACGGCAAGCUCUUUGAGUCAGUGGAGUGUUAUGACCCAAGGACCCAGCAGUGGACUGCUAUCUGCCCACUGAAAGAGAGGAGGUUUGGAGCAGUGGCGUGUGGAGUUGCCAUGGAGUUGUACGUGUUUGGGGGAGUCAGAAGUCGUGAGGAUAUCCAGGGUGGGAGUAGUAAUGAGAUGGUGACCUGCAAGUCAGAAUUCUACCACGAUGAAUUUAAAAGGUGGAUUUAUCUUAAUGACCAGACUUUAUGCAUCCCUGCCAGUUCCUCUUUUGUCUAUGGAGCAGUACCAAUAGGAGCCAGUAUUUAUGUUAUUGGAGAUCUCGAUACAGGUACCAAUUAUGAUUACGUGCGUGAGUUUAAAAGAAGCACGGGAACCUGGCACCACACUAAACCGCUCCUUCCAUCUGACCUUCGCCGCACCGGGUGUGCAGCCUUACGUAUUGCAAAUUGCAAGCUUUUCCGCCUGCAGCUUCAGCAAGGCUUAUUCCGUAUUCGUGUUCAUUCACCUUGAAGAGGAAGCGGGGCAGGGAGCGAGAUCCUGACGCAGGAGCACCCUAACCUAGCUUUACGUAAGGAAGAACAGAUGGCAGCUGAAACUCUCUCUGUGCUGGGCUGUGGGGUGGUAACUCUUUGGUGAUUUUGUGAUGCUUACAAGCUUGAGCUUCAGCUCCUCUUUGGGGGAACACAUAACUAUUGACAAACUCCCUGGGAGGAAUCAGUUCCUCCAAUUAGAUGUGUCUGUCUGUACACAAUGGAGGCUAUCGACAGGAAAAGGGAGCGGGAAUGGGUAUCAUGUAAAAUAUUGAAGUUAAACCACUAAGGUGCAUUUUCCCUACAGGGAACUC